UCGAUUCAAAACACCUUCUCUCUCUCAUUUGUCCAAUCAUCUGUCUCUUGAAAUGUCAACCAAAUUCUGGUAAUUUGUUUAACUCUAAACCGUACUCUUUAACAGAGUUUUAAUUUUUUCACAUAUAAAUAACGAUGACUCCCCAGGACUGAGAGCUCUCAGCCAAAGAUAAGCGGGGGAAAAAACUUAGAAUUUAUUACUAUGGCAGAAGAAUUUCAAGCUGGAAUUUGUGGAGAGACAUGGUGGAAUUCCUCGAAAACCAUGUUUGCAGGGUGUUCUUAUCCGUGUCCUACGGGGAUUGCUGCUGACAUGGGAAGCUUCGGAUGGGGUGCUGAUAUGGCGGAUAUGAAGGCGAGGUGUUCCUAUGAGGAGUCUGAAGAUAGCUUAGCUUUCCAGGUGGGAGCUCAACAAGGUGAUUCAGAUAGUUGUGGCACCAGUAUUUUACUUGAUUCUACCUUACAAAUGAUGGGUUUCGGCUUUUCGUCAUCGACAACCUCGGACUGGAACCAGUCUUUGAUUCGGAGUAAUGAAAGAAGUGAAGGUUACAAUUCAAUUCUUCAGGAAGGUAUGGAUUCUUCUGAAACCCAAAAGGAUCGGAGUCCAAUGAGCUAUGCAAGCCGCGGGGAAGAUUCCUGCGUUACCGCUUUCAAGCCUAUCAAUCAAGAUUUCUCGUUGGAGCAGCAGAGAUUGAAUUCAGUAACUAGCUCCGGUAACAGAAAUGCCACCUGCCAGUUUCCGAUGGAUUAUUGGUACACAUCGACACUGUUACAAACUUUGUUUCAAUCUGAUCCUCAAUCCCAACAACAAUCACUUUUCAACAACAACCGGUCAAUCAACUAUAUGUCGGCAGCAGCCACUUACGGGGCAAACAGCGCUACUGAAUCAUUACCUUCUUGGCCAAAACUAGCACCUUUAUUAAGGUCAUCAUUGCCAAAACAGCUGCCCAAGAGUAACUUGCACUUCAACAACAACAACGAGUCCUUUUGGAACGCUUCCGCCACUGGUGUAAACGACGUCAAAGCCGGCUUUUUACCCUCCCGACUGCAAUCCGAGUUUCUUUUACAAACAUUUGAGGAAAAACCUUACUGUCCCGGCCUAACGAAAAAGACUAAUACAGAAGAAGCUCGGAACUCGGCGUCAACGAUGAAGAACGGAUUAAGCAGUGAGACUCCAUUAUUGAAGAGGCCAAGGAUUGAAACGCCAUCGCCAUUACCAGCUUUUAAGGUUCGGAAAGAGAAGCUUGGGGACCGAAUCACUGCGCUCCAGCAAUUGGUUUCACCUUUCGGAAAGACCGAUACUGCAUCUGUUCUUCAAGAAGCUACGGAAUACAUCAAGUUCCUCCACGAACAAGUCAAUGUUCUAAGUACUCCAUAUACGAAACAAGCAGCAGCUUCCAUAAAACAACAACAGAGUACUGAAAGUCCGGAACGAGAUCUAAGGAGCCUUGGGCUUUGUUUGGUGCCGAUCUCCAGCACAUUCCCGGUUGAUAAUGUUGAUUUUUGGACGCCAACAUUUGGUGGGACUUUCAGGUAGGGAAUAGAAGACAAUUAAAUAAAAAGCUAAAAGGAGUUUGUACAACAACUAUACUGCGGUAGAUUAAGUACCAGACCCCAGUCCUGCCAAUAUCCAUAAAGUGGAAAAAAGAAGAAAAGAUAAUGGGAAACUUAGAAGGCUGGCUGGCUACUGUAUCAGAUAUCAGUCUUGAUAAAAAGCUAAAGAAAACAAAGAAAAAAAGUGAGAAGAAAAGGAAGUGACUAUUCAUUAUUCAAAGAUGGACAAAGAGAGAACGGUGUGCUGAACUGCUGGCAAAUGAUUAGGAAGCAAACCCUUUGAAGGAUUAAAAAAAGAUUAGAUAAGAUAACCAUUGUAUAGUUUUUUGUGUGCAAUAAUCCAAGUAUUAAUUAAAUAUAUAGUUGAAAGUAA